GGAUGGAAAUACAGCGCCUUUUUUGUGUGCUGAAGUGUGCCAGCUUUUGCAGACAGGAGGAAUGCUGCGUGUCAAGGGGUCAGGAUCAAUCCGGUGCGAGCUGAUGAGGCAGGAAGGUGGGGAGGAAUGUCAGGAAUGUCGCUGUUUGUGUAGGACUCCAUUCAGCCGAUUGGCGAGCCCGGGGCGCCGGGAGGGUAUAAAAGCAGCCAGGCUCCCUGCUUCAGACCCAUAGAACAACUCGCCUGCCAAAGAGACGGGACCGUGGCGAGGCGCGCAGUCGAGGCGCUCGGACAGCAGGCGGCCUUGGCCAGCAGGCAGGAAACCCAGCGCCACACCGCGGCCCGCUGGCUCGGACUCCCUCCGCCCGCAGGACAGAGCAGCUGAGGAGCCUUUGCACCGCCUAUUGCCGAGCUUGGCCGCACGGAUGGGACCCAGCAGCUUCGCCGUGGCGCUGCUCGUCGCGCUCCUCUGCUGGGAGGUGUCCGGCCAGGACUGCAGCGGGCAGUGCCAGUGCGGGGCGGGGCCGCCCCCCGCCUGCCCGGCCGGGGUGAGCCUGGUGCAGGACGGCUGCGGCUGCUGCAGGGUGUGCGCCAAGCAGCUGGGCGAGCUGUGCACCGAGCGGGACCCCUGCGACCACCACAAGGGGCUCUUCUGCGACUUCGGCUCGCCGGCCAACCGCAGGAUCGGCGUGUGCACCGCUCGGGACGGCGCCCCUUGUGUGUUCGGAGGGAUGGUGUACAGGAGCGGGGAGUCCUUCCAGAGCAGCUGCAAGUACCAGUGCACUUGCCUCGACGGGGCAGUGGGGUGCGUGCCCCUGUGCAGCAUGGAUGUCCGGCUGCCCAGCCCAGACUGCCCUUCCCCCCGAAGAGUCAAGCUCCCCGGGAAGUGCUGCGAGGAAUGGGUGUGCAAUGAGCUCCGAGAACAGACGGCGGUUGGACCCGCUCUAGCUGCUUACAGACCGGAAGACACUUAUGGACCAGAUCAGGCAAUGAUGAUGCGUGCCAACUGCCUGGUCCAGACCACGGAAUGGAGUGCUUGCUCAAAGACCUGUGGAAUGGGCAUCUCCACCAGAGUCACCAAUGACAAUGCCUUCUGCAGACUGGAGAAGCAAAGCAGACUCUGCAUGGUCAGACCUUGUGAGGCAGACCUGGAGGAAAAUAUCAAGAAAGGCAAAAAGUGUAUUCGCACCCCCAGAAUCUCCAAGCCCAUCAAGUUUGAGCUCUCCGGCUGUACCAGUGUGAAGACCUAUCGAGCUAAAUUCUGUGGGGUCUGCACUGAUGGACGUUGUUGCACCCCCCACAGAACAGCCACUCUUCCUGUGGAGUUCAAAUGCCCCGAUGGUGAGGUCAUGAAGAGGAGAAUGAUGUUCAUCAAGACCUGUGCAUGCCACUACAACUGCCCUGGAGACAAUGACAUCUUUGAGUCUCUGUACUACAGAAAGAUGUAUGGAGACAUGGCAUAAAGCAGGAGACGCUAGGCUCUCAACUUGACCUGAUUGGCAUCUCAUUUUGUAACCAUGAUUCGAUAGCACAAAGCAUUUAAAUCUGUUUCCAAAAAGUUCAGACUGCUCCAUGUGACUAAGACAAAUUGUCUUCCAACCCCAAACAUUGGUUUGAAGAAGAAAGUAAAAUGGCUCAUGGGACCACAGCGAAGCACAGCUUCAGAGGACACUGUUCAUGGAGUGGUGUUUAGGGAGUACUAGGGGGCAUAUGCAGGAAGAUCAAUGUUCCCUUAGUAUGGUAACGUGUGUUCCACCUAGUAGUGCAAUUGAAGAAGAGACCCUUAGCAUGUUUGCUGACACUCAUUGAGUGACAGCAAUGGCUGGAAUGUAAAUUACCCAGCAAGGUGCUAAGUAAAAUGUGUUCUGUUGGUGAGGACUGUAAUGUUUCAGCUUUGACACUGAUUCAGAUGACUUGUUCAAGAAGAAUCAGAAUCAUGUCUAUUUGACUGGACAGCUUGUGGCAGUUAAUUUGCCUGUAACAAGCUAGAUUUUAUUAAUAUUGUAAAUACUGUGUGUGUAUAUAUAUGUACAGUUAUCUAAAUUAAUUUAAAGUUUUGUGCCUUUGUUAAUGCUUUGAUACUUUAAUGUUAGCUUUUUUUGUCUGUUUUGAAAGAAAUAGGUAGGACGUAAAGCUUGUCUGACAAUGCAUUCAAAGCAUGAAAUAGAUCCUCUAAUGGAAAUUGUUCAGUUAGGGUGACCAGUGAAUCAAACUCAAGACAGAGAUUGUUUGCGAAAGAUGAGGUGCCUGCAUCCUUGGGAAGCAUCCAUUUGUGUGGUAAAAAUAUGGUUGCCUCGGCUUUAGUGAACAAAUGGCUUUAAGUAAAAUGAAUGGCUCUUCUGUAGCUGAUCAGUUUUUCCACCUGGGAGCAUUUGUUUCUUUCUUUGACCGUGGCUGUUUGAACGGUUUGUUAUUUGUUGAGAAGUGUGACCAAAAGUUACAUGUUUGCACCUUUCUAGUUGAAAAUAAAGUAUUAUAUUUUUUAUA